GUCUCCAUCACCACCCCCACGCAGACGCUCACCUUCUCCACGGAGAUACUCUCCGCCGAUACAGAGACGAUAUUCUCCUUCACCACCACCCAAGAGAAGGACAGCCUCUCCUCCUCCCCCACCUAAACGGAGGGCAUCCCCUUCUCCACAGUCCAAACGCAGAGUCUCCCAUUCGCCACCACCAAAACAGAGGAGCUCACCAACUGCUAAAAGGCGUUCGCCUUCGCUGUCUUCCAAGCACCGGAAGGGAUCUCCUCCCAGUAGGUCCAAUCGGGAAACACGUUCACCACCACAAAACAAAAGGCAUUCACCUUCACCACGGCCUAGAGCUUCUCAUACCUCUGCAAGCCCACCACCACCACGAAGGGGAGCUUCAGCCUCACCCCAGAGAAGACAGUCUCCAUCUCCAAGCACUAGACCCAUCAGGAGGGUGUCAAGAACGCCAGAACCUAAGAAGACAAAGGCUCCCACACCAAGCCCACGAUCUGCAAGACGGGUGUCUUCAUCACGGUCUGCGUCAGGAUCACCUGAGCCAGCACCCAAAAAACAUCAAGGACCUCCAUCUCCCACUCGGUCUUGUUCUCCUUCUGCAAACUGGUCACCUGCAAAAAAGGCUAAAAGCCCAACUCAGAGUCCAUCACCUGCAAGGAAUUCAGAUCAAGAAGGGGGUGGGAAGAAGAAGAAGAAAAAGAAGGAUAAGAAACAUAAAAAGGAUAAAAAGCACAAGAAACACAAAAAACAUAAGAAGGAGAAGGCUGCAGCGGCUGUAGCAGCUGCUGCUGUGGCUGCAGCAGAUACCACCUCAGCACAGGAAGACCAGGAAGCAGAGACAGAACCCAAAAAGGAGACAGAAAGUGAACCAGAAGACAACCUUGAUGAUCUAGAAAAACACCUGCGAGAGAAGGCCCUGAGGUCGAUGAGGAAGGCGCAAGUGUCCCCACCAUCCUAGGCCGAAUCCUUUGAUAUAAUGUACAUUUUAUUUGGUUUGUACUCAGAAUUCAAUUUCAAAUUGCUAAAUGUGUUUGAGCUUUAGAAUAUAACAUUUGUUGUAAUAAUUGCUAGGUUGAGGUUCACCAUGUACAAAGGGCAUGGAUUUACAUUACAAGAGGUGUCCACAGUGUACUAGUGACAUUCUUUCAUUGGCAGUCAACAUAAUUUCAUUUAGAGUGAGACUUUUUAGAAGCAGUAGGAAUUUGUUUUGAAGGUUUUAAACAUGACCGUCAGUUCCCUUAGUUUCUUUGAAAUUCAGCAAAACCUUUAGUGAGGGUCUCAUUUGACUUCUUUUGUAUCCACUUACAUUAUGCUACUAACCUCUGUGGUUUGUAAGCUUGCCCAGAAGUAAAACCACUGCAGAAUUACCAAGGAAGUACCAAUCUUUUUAUGCUUUCUACUGUUGCCUGUGUAGUCUCCAUGAAAGCGGAUCAGGAGUAGCGACAUAGAAUGGUACAUAAAUGAAAGCAUGUUGUUUACCAGGACACUGUGGGUUUAUAUUGAUGUAACAUGUUGAUUUGGAACACUGGAAUUUCAUUUGUAUUUUUAUGUUCUUUUUUUAAAGGGCAGUUUCCAUGAUCAGCAGUCCCAGAAAAAAUUCCUUCAGUUCCAUAAAUUUUGUUUGUGAGCUGUCGUUGCCCCACUCAUAAAUCUUGUCUCGUUACGGUUCUUCUCAAUGGUAUAAGCAACUUUCAGAGAUCUGCUCUUUGAAAGGCUGAGGAACCCGAACUUUGGAUAUUGUCAUGUUUUCACUGUUUUUUGUUUUUGUUUUUUUAACUAAAGCUAUAUAAAGCUUGUGGAUUAAACAAAAUAAAUUUCUAAAUUUAAACAGA